UGAAAGACAAGGCUGAAUUUGAAAGAGAAUUACAAAAUUUUAAACUAGAAAGACAGAAAGACAGGGAUCAUGUCAGAGCCAUGAAACAAAAACUGGAAUUCAUGUCUAGGGAGGAGAGUAGAGCCAAGGCAGAUGCAGAGGAAUGCAAGAAAUCCAUUGAAAAGGAAAAACUACAUCAAAGAGAGAAGAUCCAAGAACUGAAGCAGGAGAUUUUGAAAUUGAAUUCACAGUUACAUGAGGCACAGAACACAGGCAGAUCAGAAUGCUCUGUACUGAGAAAUGAACUUAUUAAGAAAGAUGGAGAAAUAACACAGUUAAAACUAGAUCUUGAAGAGAACAGGAUUAAACUGCAGCACAGUAUGAGACGUGCCGUGGAAGUCUCUGGUUUGAGAAGUCAAGUUCAACAGUUUAGAGACCAAGCAAUGGAUGCUGAGAAAAUUGCAAGA